AGAGAGAGAGAGAGAGAGAGAGAAGAAAGAGAGAGAGUGACAAAAAGUGGUCUUUUUUCAUCAUCAAAGGAGAGACCCACUUCAAUGUCGCUGCAGAAUCACUGGUGUUAGUGGUGGUGGGUUACAGAGUAAGAGCUCUCUCUACUACUACUAGUAGAAGAAGAAGAAGAAGAUAAUUUAUAAAGGUGUUAGCUUUUUUCACCACACUUCACACCAAAUAAAGCCUUUCGUUUUAGAGAUUUAGUGAGAAGCUCAAAAGCUUCUUCCUUUUUCUCCCUCUCUCUCUCUCUGUCUCUCUUCUUGCUGGUUUUAGACUUUUUAAGAGUGGGUGUGAGGAAGAUGGGUGCUGCGCAUUUUAGCAUGGAGAGGGUUUUCAGAGAGUUUCUCGUUUGGUUCUUCGUUUGGGGACUGCUCUCUCUAACAUGCGCUGGGAGACUCAGUGUUUCAAGGCAGAAUUUUGAAGUGCACAAACACUUGAAUCGAUUGAAUAAACCACCCGUUAAGAGCAUUCAGAGUCCAGAUGGUGACAUAAUAGAUUGUGUUCACAUAUCUAAGCAACCGGCUUUUGAUCAUCCUUUCCUUAAAGAUCACAAGAUUCAGAUGAAACCUAGUUACACUCCACAAGGGCUGUUUGAUGAGAACAAAGUCUUAGAGAAAACAAAAGAAAGAGUCAAUCCAAUAACUCAGUUAUGGCACCAGAAUGGAGUGUGUUCUGAAGGGACAAUACCAGUGAGGAGGACAAAGAAAGAGGAUGUCUUGAGGGCGAGUUCUGUUAAACGGUAUGGUAAGAAGAAGCUCCGUACUGUUCCUCUGCCUAGAUCUGCUGAUCCUGAUCUCAUCAACCAAAGUGGUCAUCAGCACGCGAUAACUUAUGUGGAAGGAGGCAAGUUUUACGGGGCAAAGGCAACAAUAAACGUAUGGGAACCCAAAGUGCAAAACUCUAAUGAGUUCAGCUUGUCUCAGUUAUGGAUUCUUGGAGGUUCUUUUGGUCAAGAUCUCAAUAGCAUUGAAGCUGGUUGGCAGGUUAGUCCGGAUUUAUAUGGCGAUAACAACACAAGGCUGUUCACAUACUGGACUAGCGAUGCUUAUCAAGCUACUGGCUGCUACAAUCUCCUCUGUUCGGGUUUUAUACAAAUUAACAGUCAAAUAGCAAUGGGAGCGAGUAUUUCUCCAGUAUCUGGCUUCCAUAACCCGCAAUAUGAUAUUAGUAUUACCAUUUGGAAGGAUCCAAAAGAAGGGCACUGGUGGAUGCAGUUUGGGGACGGGUAUGUGUUGGGAUACUGGCCAAACUUCCUAUUCUCAUACUUAGCCGACAGUGCAUCGAUAGUAGAAUGGGGAGGAGAAGUGGUGAACAUGGAAGAAGAUGGUCACCACACAACCACGCAAAUGGGAAGCGGUCAAUUUCCGGGUGAAGGGUUCACGAAAGCAAGUUACUUUAGGAACAUUCAAGUCGUUGACAGCUCUAAUAAUCUGAAAGAACCAAAAGGGCUCAACACAUUCACUGAGAAAUCGAAUUGCUAUGAUGUUGAGGUUGGAAAGAAUGAUGAUUGGGGACAUUUCUUUUACUACGGAGGUCCAGGAAGAAAUUCUAAAUGUCAGUAGAGGAUGAACUAAAUAAAGAAUAUGAUUGAAGAUGAAGAACUGAAGAUGUAGAGGAACACAACAUGUACUGGAAUUAUUUUGCUAGUGUUUAUGAUUAAGUGUGAAAAUAUCGUUUUUGUUGAUUUUUUCUUACACUUUAUUAUGUGGGUUUUUUUUGUUUUGUUCUAGACAUUUAGUUUACGUUUUUGGUUUUUAGGUUUUUGAUUAGGUAAUAGUUUUGGUUUUUUGUGUUUUUUAUUUGUUUACUUGGAUUGAAAGAGACCAAGCCUGUCUGUAGUUUGUAAGUGUGAAAGAGAGAAUUUGACAAGUCUCUCACUCUUGUAGCUGCUGUAGGAAUAACCUUUUAAAGUUAAAGAAGGUUACGGGACCUUUGGGUUGUGUAA